ACAAGGUGUCUUUUCGCGUGCGCGGGACUGUAUCGACCAGUAUUGCCCACACGUUUGAUUUCGGCGAGCGCGAUUUUUGGUACGACGUCUGCUGGCUUGUAAUGUCGGCGGUGUUGUUGGGACUUGUUUUCCCCCGGCUAGCCACGGCUUCCUGUUGUUAGCUUCGAGCUAGCCAGGCUAGCAGCGGCGACGUUACGCUAAUCUUGUUGUACAGUUAGCGGGGGUCAAGGCGGAUAGCGUUACCACCAGGAUCGGGUGUCGGUUAAUUGGCGUCGAACCACAAAUUGGGGUUUGUAUACAUUUUUUUUUGGCAAGACCCUCUUACUGUACCAGCGGGUCUCUUCAGUUAGUGUGUUAGCCUCCGACAGCUGGCCAUUUUGCUGGUACUGAGUUGAGCUGUGUUGGAGAAUUGUUUUAAUGUCACUUCGCUUUUUGGUGGUUCACCCCAUCCACAGCCGCCCCAGACUCUCCGCUUCCCCGUAAACUAAGGUUCAAGGGACCGGUCCGCUUUUGUCGAGCGGCGGUGACUUGUUUGCGAGUUUUGUUUGCGAGUUAACAGCGUACACGCCCCGAAACACUUUGUUUGAGCCAGCCAGCCAGCCAGUUCUCUCUUCUCCGGAAAGACAAUAGAGGAAAGCUCAGACUUGCUCGGGGCACCGCUGACAUAUCGCCGAGGCGCGAAUCGUUAGUAACUUAAAACGAGGAAAAGGGAAAUUGAAUGCCUUUCCGUCUUGAGACAUGCGGACAUCCAAUUAGUUGAUACAGUUUGUAUUUGAAGGCACGGGAAUCUCGAGGUGUCGACCGCUCGAGUGAAAGAUAGGCAGACUGCGAGACGAGAGGAUGUAGAGCAGUGGGCGCGUGUGCGACGUUGGAGGGGCUGCGCUUCUCUCAGUCUUGCCGCCUCCUGUUUCAUAGCACAAUAACGGCCUUAAAUGCCAAAGGAGACCCUGCAGAGAAUUGAUCUGUGACUUGGUGAGACAGAAGGGAGACGCUCAGAUUCGGCCCGGUCGGUGGUGGGGGGGGGGGUGUCUUUUUGCCGUUGAUCAAACGUCGAUCUUUUCGAAUCCACCACCGCCCUCCUCGGCUAUGGAUCCCCCGAGGACUCGGUCGCGGUCGCGGUCCGGCUUUUACCAUUUUGCGAUGAGCGGAAGCAGCGGCAGCAACGCUGUCGGUAACGGGAACGUGAUGAACGCCAGCGGAGGGUCGAACUACCCGCCGCAGAGCAAUCCGGGGUGGACGCCCCACCACGGAGGUCGGAGUUAUCCGGAGAGCCAGCAGCACACCCAGGGGAGCUACCUGUCCGCAGGGGCGCAGCGCCACUCCUCCCACGGAGCCCCUAGACACCCCGGGGCUGGAGGAGUACUACACUUCCAUGCAGAUAAUGUAUGCAGUGAGGAUCGGGAUAAGAUGGAAGACAGCCCGAGUCCAAAAAGGCAGCGUCUCUCCCAGCAGUCCAUGCUUGAUUUAAACUCCGCCCCUCCUCCCACUCCCUCCUCUCCUAUUCGCCCAUGGGCUCCCCCUCCAGGUCGCAGACCACACCCUCACUACAUGCCGGAGAGAUGUCACACACCUGUUCGCAACCGCCGAAGUCCUCCAAUGAGGCGCCAGCGUGGCCGCAGAGACCGCCUGAGCCGCCAUCACCACCCCCUACCCCAUCCCCACUCCCACCACCCACAUAACAACAACAACCACCACCACCACUACAACAACAGCAACCCCCACCCCCACCCCCACCAUCACCCGCACCACCACCACCUCCACCACCUUCACUCCCAUCACGGGCUGUCGCCAGGCCACCAGGAUGAGAACUACCGCCACCCGGUUCCCCCCCAAAGCUAUCCGCCCUUUGGCCAACAACCUCCCCGGGGGCCUGGGCAGGGGCCCGGGCCUGGUCCUGAGGAGCGCUCUGGGUACCACCCUCCAAACCUCUCCCCAAGGCCCCUCCACCAGUCUCCGAACCUGUCCCCACGACUGCUGCAUCCGAGUGCUCACUCGCAGCACCCUCACUCCUCACACGCUCCCCCUCCCCAGCAGCAGAGCAGUGUGGUGCUGGACCUCCACGAACAGGGUUCAGCUCCAGUGUCAUACCCAGUGUCUGCCCCUGGGGCUCCAUCUGGUCUGCCACCUCGAUCUGCCCCACAGCAGAUCCCGGCGUGUUCGGUGGUCUUCAGUGGACAGCACUACCCUGUCUGCAGUGUUCCUCCUCCUGUCCUCCAGACCUGCUCUGUGCAGCACCUUCCCAUGCCCUACCCGUUCCCAUCGCUGCUGUCCAAUGACCCGGCCUUUCUGCUGCCCCCUCCUCACCUCCCCCAUCCUCCCCCACACCUCCCCCACCACGCGCCUCACCUCCCUCAGCCUGGGCAGUUUGGACUCUACCCCACACAGCGGCCUCGGUCGCCACUGCAGAGGAUAGAGAACGAUGUGGAGCUGCUAGGAGAGCAUCUGUCCUUGGGGGCGGGGCUUCAUUACCCUCCCGCUGCCCACCCUGCCCUAACUCCGCACUCCGCACAGCUUCACUUCCUCUCCCAUGAUCCUUUGCCACAGGAGUUCUUUGGAGUGUCCUAUCCUAAUUUCAUGUCUCGCCGAAUCCCGGGUCGACGCUACCGCUCACAACAGCCACUGCCACCUUCGCCUUACCAUCCCAGCUUCCUGCCUUACUUCCUUUCAAUGCUGCCAGUCCAGCCCACAGGUCCAGCCAUCAGUGUGGAGCUGGACGUGGACGACGGAGAAGUGGAAAACUAUGAGGCCCUUCUUAACCUGGCUGAGCGCCUGGGAGAGGCCAAGCUCCGAGGACUGACCAAGGGCGACAUUGAACAGCUGCCUUCCUAUAGGUUCAACCCCAACAACCACCAGUCAGAACAAACACUGUGCGUGGUGUGCAUGAGCGACUUUGAAUCCCGUCAGCUGCUGAGAGUGCUGCCUUGUAGCCACGAGUUCCAUGGGAAGUGUGUUGACAAGUGGCUCAGGGCCAACAGGACGUGUCCCAUCUGUCGAGCUGAUGCUUCGGAGGUCCAGCGAGACACAGAGUGACCACAGGGGGGAGCCACACACUCCUAAAUGUCUGUUUUAGGCACUGCCCAGCUCCCCCCCCAACCUCCCAACACACUUGCACAUUUAUACAGAUGCCUAAUUCCUACCCCAUCUUGCAAUAUCCUACUUCUUCCUAGUUCAUUUUUUCCCCAAUUUUUGAUCAUUUUUUUUUGUUGUUUUCUCUUCCUUUCUCACCCUGUCACUCUUUCCCCAGUACACAUACACGUCCCUCCCACACCCAACAUCUCACCCUGUCUGCCUGACCCCACCCUCUGACAGACAUUGCUGAGUAUUCAUGCUGCAUAAGUGCGAGUGUGUGUGUGUGUGUGUGGGGUGUGUGUGUGUGUGUGUGUGUGUGCCUUGUGUGCAUCUAUGCUUGCACGCAUGUGUGUGUGUGUGUGUGUGUGUGUGUGUGUGUGUGUGUGUGAGAGAGAGAGAGAGAAAAACAUAUUUUGGCUGUCCCACAGCAUGCCUGAGUUUCUAUGUGUGAGAUGAGAACCUUUAGAGAGUUUUUUUACUCUCGUGUGUGAGUGUCUACAUGUAUGCUUAGUAUGUGGGUUUGUAUGUUUUAGAGUUUUCUCCUUUUCUCUAGUUUGACACUAAGGGUCCAUGCUGCCACUUUGACUCACAAUUGCGUGAUUCAUUAUUUUGUUUAAGUAGAUGAUUUGUUACAAUUACUAUCCUCAUAAUAAUAAUGAUAAUGAUAUUAUUAUACUACUAUAUGAUAAUUAUUAUUAUUAUCAUCAUUAUUGUUGUUGUUGAUUGACCAUUAAAAGCGAUUUUCUGCCUUGCAGUUACCUCAUCAUUCCGUUUUUCAUCGUUGUUCUUGACACGCUUAAUUGUACUCCUAUUAAAUUUGAGUGCAUUACAUAUUUUUAAUCCUUCUCCUUUACUGUUCUAUCAAAGUUGAGUUUGUCUGUGACUUUGCAGUGGCAAAUGUGUUAAAUAUAUACAUAUAUCUAUAUAUACUGUAUAAAUCUAUGAAUAUCUGUAUACCAAAUAAAAAGGCUUGA